ACGCCAUUCGAAUUUGACGAAGAUGAAGUGCCGUCAAUAUGGCAGAAAGAUAUCUGGCAACUGAAAUGUUUACCGUAUUUUGAUGAACUCGAAAAAGAAGCUGAUGAUCAUUUUAGACAUAUAAAAGCUGGUCUCGCACAUGCUGUAAUACUGCGCGAUACACGGCCUGGACUGGUACAUUGGAUUUGUGAACUUGACAAAUAUAUGAAUUUGUAUUCGAGAAGAUUCACGAAAUCGGAUCAUAUUCAAUUGGUAAAGUUGGUUUAUUCGUGUUUGACGAUGAAGAAGGCCGAUUUUCGACUUGUAAAAAUCUGUGCGCACUCACUGUCGAAUCUUCUUUUCAAAAAAGAGUUGUUAUCGCGCGAAGAUGUAAAGUUAGAUUGGAGACCACUGCAUGAUAUCUAUGUGGAGGUAUCGUACAAAAGUCUUGAAGAGGAUGGUCUUUUGUUGCUUCCGGAUGGACUGAAAGGAGCACUUGAACAGGCGAGUUGGAUCAUAGUUAUAACGCAUUGUCGAACGUAUUUUCCACUUCAAGCAACACGUGAGAUUCUGGACGAAGUAAGUUGA